CACAAUUAUAUUCAUUUAUUUCCCAUAAUGGCUUUUCCUUUAGUACUCUCUCUAUCAAUAUUUAUCAUCUUUUUAUGUUACAAACUCUACAACCGGCUCACGGCCAAGCUGCCUCCAGGUCCUUGGCCGUGGCCGGUCAUUGGAAACCUCUUCAGCAUAACGCCGAUGAGGUUCCGAUGCUUUGCUGAAUGGGCCCAAAUUUAUGGGCCGAUUUUUUCUUUUUACCUUGGCUCACAACUAAACGUGGUGGUGAAUAAUGCGGAACUUGCUAAAGAAGUUCUUAAAGAUAAUGAUCAAAAUUUGGCCAAUAGGUUUAGAACAAAACCUCUUGAUAGUGUGAGUAAAAAUGGGAUGGAUUUGAUAUGGGCUGAUUAUGGACCUCAUUAUGUGAAAGUAAGAAAGCUUUGUAAUCUUGAACUUUUUACUCAAAAGAGACUUGAAGCUCUUAGGCCAAUUAGAGAAGUUGAAGUUACUGCCAUGGUUGAAAAUAUUUUCAAGGAUACCACUAAGCCUGGUAAUGAUAGUAAAACAAUGACGCUAAGGGGCUACUUGGGAUUAGUGUCAUUCAACAACAUAACAAGGCUAACAUUUGGGAAGAGAUUUAUAAACUCAAAAGGUGAAGUUGAUGAACAAGGUGAAGAGCUCAAAGCCAUUGUAACAGAUGGGAUAAGAAUUUCAGGAAAACCUAAUUUGGGAGAAUUUGUACCAUGGCUACGUUGGGUAUUUAAAGAUGACAAUGAAGCUCUUGAGUCACAAGAUAGACGUUUGAAUAAAUUUACAAGACUUAUAAUGGAAGAACACACAAUUGCUAGAGAAAAAUCUGGAGAAACCAAACAUCAUUUUGUUGAUGCUUUGCUUACCCUUCAAAAGGAGUAUGAUCUUAGCGAUGACUCUAUUAUUAGCCUUUUUUGGGAUAUGGUACAAGCAGGGACAGACACAAUAGCCAUAACAGUUGAAUGGGCUAUGGCAGAACUGGUAAGGAAUCCAAGAGUUCAACAAAAAGUUCAAGAGGAGCUAGAUCGAGUUAUUGGAUCAGAUCGAAUCGUAAACGAAACCGAUAUCUCUAAUCUCUCCUAUCUACAACAUGUAGUCAAAGAAUCACUAAGGUUGCACCCUCCAACUCCCCUAAUGUUGCCUCACAUGGCAGGUAACGAUGUCAAAGUGGGUGGUUACAACAUUCCUAAAGAUUCAAUUGUACAUGUUAAUGUUUGGGCCUUAGGUCGUGAUCCAAAAAUUUGGAAAGAGCCAUUGCAAUUUUGGCCAGAAAGAUUUAUGGAAGAAGAUGUUGACAUGAAGGGACAUGACUAUAAGUUUUUACCAUUUGGUGCUGGUAGACGUAUAUGUCCAGGAAUGAACCUUGCAAUUAAUUUGGUCACAUCUAUGUUAGCUCAUUUGUUGCACCAUUUUGUUUGGUCACUGCCUAAUGGUGUUAAGGUUGAAGAUAUUGAUAUGAUGGAGAGUCCUGGCACAGUAACAUACAUGCAAACUCCAUUACAUAUUGUUCCUACUCCUAGGUUACCUUUAAACCUAUACACACAUGUCGAGUGAACAUGUAACA